AUGCAACUCCAUCCACCGCCGGCGAGGGCAUCUGGCAUCUUCGGUUCACGGCGGUGCGCUCUUCUGCAAGUUAAACAAUCAGAUUCAUGCCUAGUCCGCAGCAAAUAUGCUACCACUGUUUUGAUGGAGCCCGCUAGCACGCGCUCGGCGAGGUGGAUGGUUCAUGCCACUUAUGUUUCCCAUGCUGAAGGCACUAAAGUUGCAGGGUUACAAACCAAUCCAAUGAAAGAGGAGACUCGGAUCACCAAACAACCAGAGAAACCACUUUACUUUGAUGACCAUGAAGUAAUUCCCAAGGUUCCAGAAGUAGAUUUUCUGCCUCUAAUUUAUCAAGUAAGGGCAAUGCUAAGAUCAAUGAAUGAUGGGGAGAUCAGCAUCUCAGCAUACGACACUGCUUGGGUUGCCCUAGUGCCAAGGCUAGAUGGUGGCGAUGGACCCCAAUUCAUGACGUCUGUCAAUUGGAUCAUCAACAACCAGCUACCUGACAACUCGUGGGGCGACGCGGCCUUGUUCUCUGCCUAUGACCGAAUGAUGAACACUCUUGCUUGUGUUGUAGCACUAACAAAGUGGUCUCUUGAACCUAGCAAAUGCAAGAAAGGACUCUCAUUUCUUGAGGACAAUAUGUGGAGGUUAACGAAAGAAGAUCUAGAGCCAAUGCCCGUUGGUUUUGAGAUUGCAUUCCCUUCUCUCAUAGAAGCUGCUAGGAGCCUGGGGAUUGAAUUUCCAUAUGAACACAAUGCUUUGCAAAGCAUAUAUUAUAACCGAGAAGUGAAGCUUAAUUUGAUUCCAAAGGAUCUGAUGCACAACAUUCUGACAUCAUUUCUAUAUAGUCUUGAAGGGAUGCUUGGAUUGGAUUGGCAAAAGCUCUUGAAGCUAAAAUCCUCUGACGGUUCCUUCUUGUGUUCUCCUUCAGCCACUGCUUAUGCUCUUAUGCAAACUGGUGACAACAAAUGCUUCGAGUAUAUCAGCAUGAUAGUCAAGAAAUUUAAUGGAGGCGUUCCCAAUGUUUACCCAGUUGAUCUUUUUGAGCACCUCUGGGCCGUUGAUCGAUUGGAGCGUCUUGGGAUCUCACGAUACUUUGAACGAGAGAUUGAAUAUUGCAUGGAUUAUGUCAAAAGGUAUUGGACAGAAGAAGGGAUAUGCUGGGCUAGAAAUUCAAAUGUAGCAGAUUUGGAUGACACAUCUAUGGCUUUCCGACUACUACGACUACAUGGAUAUGAUGUCUCCCCAAGUGUGUUUAAGCAUUUUGAGAAGGAUGGGGAGUUUUUUUGUUUAGUGGGACAAUCAAGUCAGGCAAUCACUGGGAUGUAUAACAUGAAUAGGGCUGCUCAAAUAAGUUUUCCUGGAGAGGAUAUCUUGCAGCAUGCUAGGGCUUUCUCAUAUAAAUAUCUUAGAGAAAGAGAAGCCCAAGGCACAGUUUGUGAUAAAUGGAUCAUUUCUAAGGAUCUACCUGGUGAGGUACAAUACACGCUGGACUUUCCUUGGUAUGCAAACUUGCCACGUUUAGAAGCAAGAACUUAUCUGGAUCAAUAUGGUGGUAGUGAUGACGUAUGGAUCGGAAAGACAUUAUACAGGAUGCCACUUGUCAAUAAUAAUACCUAUCUUGAGUUGGCAAGACUUGAUUUCAAUAGUUGCCAAGUUCUACAUCAGCUUGAGUGGCAUGGUUUGCAAAAAUGGUUUACUAGGAGCGGGCUCAAGGUUUUUCAGGUGGCGCCAGAAGAUGUUUUAAGAACGUAUUUUUUAGCCGUUGCUAGCAUUUUUGAACCAAGCCGUGCCAAUGAGCGAUUUGCAUGGACCACAGUGUCAGUGCUUGCCAACACUAUUUCAACACACAUUCAUAGCAACUUUACGAGAAAGGAAAGGAUGGUACAAUUUUUACAGCAUGGCCCCCAUGAACAAAAUGAUGACCCAUCAUGGUUUAAAGGAAAUACAAAAGACGAUAUUCUUGCAAGUGCACUUCAACAACUUAUUGAUACUUUAGCACAAGAGGCACUACCUUCGCGCGAAGGACCAAACUACAUACACAAUCUCUUACGAUGUGCUUGGAAUGAAUGGAUGAUCGAACAGAUAUACACUGAUGAUGACAAAUAUACAAAAUCUAGUGUUAUGCAACAAGGGUCGUGCGUGGUUAACGGAAAACAAACAUGUUUGCUUCUUGUUAAAGUUAUUGAGAUUUGUGCUGGACGAACUGGUGAAGUACAAUCCAUGAUAAACAAUGUGCAUGGUGCUCGGUUCAUUCAACUUGCAUCCUCUAUUUAUGACAAUCUUCACCAUAAGCAGUUACUUUCUCAGGUAAACCCCUACUACUUAAUAACUUUCAUGCCACAUCGUGUGUGA